ACUCUCCACUGCUGUAGCCAGAUUGGUCACAGGACAGUCCAGGGAGAAAAAAACACUCAGUCACGAUGACUAAUUCAAUUCUGUCCUAAUUUAAGUCACUCACUCUGUCUUCCUCAGUACAUCACUGGGAUCAGACUCUCGACUAGUGGUUGGGCUAUCUUACCCACUCCCCGCCAGACCUGGGUUCAGACUCUUUUACAAAUCUUUCAAAUACGUUGAGCAUUUGCGCUAGUCUGCCUGAAGAGCCAGAUGGGUGGGGUUUGCACUUUUGAGACGUCUCUAUUGGUUCCAUUGCAGCAGGUACGCUCAAUCAAGCACAGAUGCAGUAUUUGAAAUGAUUUCUAAUGGUAUUUGAACCCAGGUCUGGUGGGAGGGGGGGACUCUGCAUUCCCUUGUGUGGAAUCUUUGGAGACACCCAAGCUCUCCUAGAGCUGUGAUGUUGUCUAAAAGCACGUUGGCUCUAGUCACAGUGACUAAGAGAAACCGUGACCCCUCCCAAGAGGAUUCAUGGGUGUGACUGUAAACUCUGAUUACCUUAAUUAAAGGUAUAUCUAUCUAAGUUGUAUAUCUCUUUCUGUUCUAGGACAGUCCUUUGUUCUGACUGGAGUGAUUGAGGUUGGAUGGCUUCGGGAUGUUAUUUAGCUGAGUCAUUCGCUUGUCAUAUAACAUGCUAAAUCACUCUCGAAAAUGAAAGUUCUAGCUCCAGACUGCUAUCUGUUUUGAUCAGACAUGGAAAUAAGUGCUAAAAACAAAUUAAAGGAAGAUGGUGAGCAAGCUAUGAAGGGAAAAUGCGGACAUUUUGGUGCAGUUGCCAACGGCGCCCAGACCUUCCCAGUAAAUACAACAGUGCAAUUUGAGAUUCCAGAGCGGGGCGACUUCUGGGAAAGCUUCUAGAGUGGAGCAACUGAUCAACCAAACUAAACUGAGCCCCCCCUCAUUCCUGAAUCCUCAGGGCUGCUAGCUUACGCUGACGACAUUUUUGGCACCUGCUCUUUUUUUCUCUCUACAGAGUCUAGGAGUUUACACCCCUCUACUACCCUAUCCUUGUCCCUCUUCCACCCAACUCCGGGCAGAAGUGGAGCUAGCUCCAUGAGCUAAGUCCUGAUUAUAAUUAUGACCACCAUUUAAGAUGCAGUAGUAUAUCAGUGUCUGUUUUUUGGGCCUCAGAGCGAAAAAUGAAUAAGCAAGUUUUGACCUGCGAUCGCUUAUCUUCGCAGGCAAAACAUUUUUCAGUUGGAAAUUGAUUUCCUGUGGAUGCUUGAAAUAACUUCACUUAAAAAAAAGACAACUUCUGAACGGAGUAGUUGGACUUGAGAGAAGAUGUCAGAGUACUAGACACACCUGUCUGUUUUUCUGACUGUUGCUGACUCUCUCCUUUGUUCAGAAAGUUCCCCUUUAGGAGAAAAACAUAUCAACAAGCGGACGUGAAUAACAGUAAUUUCCCUACUGCGUCUUUUCAGACUUGCUGCAUACUUCCUGCCGUAAAGACCAUACAUCUUGAUUUUCCUUUAAUUAAAAGAGAAGAGAAGUUUACUCAAGGGCAGGUGGGAGAGAAUCUAGAACACUGGUUUGAAUGAUGCCAUAAAUCGUGGUGGAUUACGAUUGGCCUGGUUAUAACAUGCAUAACCAUGACUGGCAGUUCAUGUAGAAGUAUUUUUGGUUUGUUUUACAAUAGCACUUGAAUGUGCACUAUGGCUGGGCUUGUGGAAUAAGUAAGACUGUACGAAAAACUCUUAUAGACACAAUGGCUGGAAUUGAGGAGUAAGGGCUAAGAAACCGUCUUUCGAACCUUUUCUAAGAAAGCCGAUUUGGUACUCUCUGAACUCUCUAGUCACAGACAUACAUUCAACCAAAAAAACAAAGACCCUAGGAAAAGGGUCCUAGCCUUCUACAAUCCCUCCCUAGCUCCUCCAGUUUUCAACAUUUCCCUUGUGUCUCCUUGCCCCUCAGUGAGCAAGGAUGUCUGGCAGUAGUCACUCCCAACACUGUUCUUAGUUGUUGUCACAGCUUCAACGGAAGCACCAGGACGGAUCCUUGGUCAGUCAGGAUGUCUAAUGAGUGCCCGACGGAGUGCAAGGCGGUGGUGACGCCGUCGACGCGCAACGGCCACCGCGUCUUCAGUUACACUCUGGAGAGCCACACGGCGGCCGCCUUUGCCAUCAUGAACGAGCUGCGGCUGGACGGCCAGCUGUGCGACGUGACGCUUCGCGUGUGCUACAACGACCUAGAGGCCGUGGACUUCGUGGCACACAAGGUGGUGCUGGCAUCGUCCUCUCCGGUCUUCAGAGCCAUGUUCACCAACGGCCUGAAGGAGUGUGGGAUGGAGGUGGUGCCCAUCGAGGGGAUACACCCCCGGGUGAUGGGCAGGUUGAUAGAGUUUGCCUACACGGCCAGCAUCUCUGUGGGGGAGAAGUGUGUGAUCCACGUCAUGAACGGCGCCGUCAUGUACCAGAUCGACAGCGUGGUCAAGGCCUGCUGCGACUUCCUGGUUACGCAGCUGGACCCUAGCAACGCCAUCGGCAUAGCCAGCUUCGCCGAGCAGAUCAGCUGCACGGAGCUCCAUCAGAAAGCUCGGGAAUAUAUCUACAUGAACUUCAGCCAGGUGGCGACCCAGGAGGAGUUCUUCAACCUCUCCCAAUGCCAGCUGGUCACUCUCAUCAGCCGCGACGAACUCAACGUGCGCUGUGAGUCGGUGGUCUUUCAGGCUUGUGUGGCGUGGGUCCGGUACGACCGGGAGAACCGGCGGCCCUACGUCCAGGCCCUGCUCCAGGCCGUGCGGUGCCACUCCCUUACCCCACACUUCCUCCAAGCCCAGCUGCAGUCUCUGGAGUGGGACGACCAGUGUAAAGACUACCUGGCUCAGAUCUUCCAGGACCUCACCCUCCACAAGCCCACCAAGGUGAUCUCGUGCCGCACGCCCAAAGUGCCCCAGCUCAUCUACACGGCAGGGGGAUACUUCCGUCAGUCCCUGUCUUAUCUGGAAGCCUACAACCCCUGUACUGGGGCCUGGCUGAGGCUAGCUGACCUUCAGGUCCCCCGGAGUGGCCUGGCUGCCGUGGUCAUCUCUGGGCUGUUCUACGCUGUCGGAGGAAGGAACAACGCUCCUGACGGGAAUAUGGACUCAAACACGUUGGAUUGUUAUAAUCCCAUGAACAACUGCUGGUUGCCUUGUGCUCCCAUGAGUGUACCCAGGAACAGAAUAGGAGUGGGGGUGAUUGACGGGAUGAUCUAUGCUGUCGGAGGGUCGCAUGGAUGUAUUCAUCAUAACAGCGUGGAGAGGUAUGACCCAGACAGGGACCAGUGGCACCUGGUGGCCCCCAUGUUGACGCGGCGUAUCGGGGUGGGCGUGGCGGUCAUCAACCGGCUGCUGUACGCGGUGGGCGGGUUCGACGGAACACACCGCCUCUCCUCCUCAGAGUGUUAUAACCCAGAGAGGGAUGAGUGGAGGAGCAUGGCUGCCAUGAACACUGUGCGCUCUGGGGCAGGUGUGUGUGCGCUGGGGAACCGUAUCUACGUGUUGGGGGGCUACGACGGCACCAACCAGCUGAACACAGUGGAGCGCUACGAUGUUGAGACUGACACCUGGAGCUUUGCCGCCUCCAUGAGGCACCGGCGCUCUGCCCUGGGGGUUACCGCGCACCAUGGGAAGAUCUAUGUACUGGGAGGUUAUGACGGGAACACGUUCCUGGACAGCGUGGAGUGUUAUGAACCGGAGACGGACACGUGGUCGGAGGUGACCCGCAUGAUGUCGGGCCGCAGUGGCGUGGGCGUGGCCGUUACCAUGGAGCCCUGCCAAAAGGACCUGGCCCAGUGUCUGAAGCAUGAGAGGACGGAGGUCACUGGCGGUUGUGAGGGUGUUAGUUUGGGGUGUUCAGGGACAGGAGGGGACUCUGGAUCGUACCAUAACUCCAGACACGGUGCCUUCGGCAAGGGGACUUGAGUCGUACGCUCUCCACCAUUCCUGGCUCAGUCCUCUUCAGUCUUCCAUGGAAAUGCGCCCCCGCCUUGAAUAGAAGACAGGAACACAGGUCUUCUGAAAAACACAAGAUCUCAGAGGCCCUCCCUAGCCAUGUUGGUUUCACACAACUUCAGUCAUAUGUGACAAGUUGUUUAAUGAUAAAUUGUAUAUAGUUUAUGAUCUAGCACGUUGAUUCACUCACUGUUCCUGCGAUAACAAUGCAGAUGGGCAAAGUCAUAGAAAUAGGAGUUCUAGAUUGUUUAAUCUGUUCAAAUCUACUUCUAUGUGCUCCAUACCACCACAGUAGCACUAUACCUUCCUCUUGGACCAAUGUUUCCCUGGUCUACACCAAGAGGAGAAAGGGCUGUACAAUGUAUUUGAAAGGCUACUAACUAACCUCUGUCUACUAAAUUAGUAGUCACUUUUUUUCUAUUUCAAGACCAGCCUGUGCAGAUAAACCAAAUAUUUUUGGGAAGGGAAGAAAUAUACAACAUUGCAUACCUUCAAACAACAAGAAAGUGUACCUUUUGCUGAGAAUUUUCCUGAACAGCAGUAAAUGCAAACUUGUAGUGCAUUCAAGGUUUAAAAAGGCUUCUAAAGUUUGAAUUUUCCACUUAAAAAUGUUAGAUUUGAUUUUACCUAAUGAAAAAUGGAUCAACCCUACACAAAAAAUGGCCCUUAGUAAUUAUAAUUCACAUUUUCUGUUGCUGCAGGAUUAUUUUCCUACUGUAGCAAACUGGCUCAAAGGAAAGAUCUUACAUCUGUAGUACUUUUGGCAAAGUCUGGACAAAUGGGGAAUUUUAGGGUUUUCCUAAUAUAAGUGCCAUUACUAUGCCUGCUGGCAUGAUUACCACCAUCAGUAUACAGACCACUCUCUGGUGGCAAGAAAGCACGUUGGUGCUCGGGCUGAGGGUUGGAGACUUAGCCUACAGUGGUCGAAGUAGGCCUAGAGAGCCCCAAGACUGAGUCUAGAUACUAUCGGCUCAAUAGCGUCGCAAACCAAUCAUAAAGAAUAUGUGGGAUGGGAAUGUACUGAAAAGUGUUUAGAGUAGGGAACUCACAAGGACCGCCCAUAAGGACAAAGAAGUGUCAAUUAAUUUUAAAACAUUACACACAAAUAUAUCUCCAAUCUCCCCCUGCGAUUGCUUUUGGGUUUUAACACUCGUACGCACAUCUGGCCAAACCACGGGUCAAGUGACCAUUGUUGUGCAUUUAGUCACAUUGAUAAUGUCACUAAAUGGGAAGAAGAGAAAAAAAAGGGUGGAGUCCCAAAUGGCACCCUAUUCCCUAUAUCGUGCACUAUGUUUGACCAGAGCCCUAUGGGCCCUUAUCAAGAGUAGUGCACUAAAUAUUUCCUGAGACUCGCACUGAAUUGAAUUCCGCUGCUCUCUCGAUGGAGAAGGAAUGUCAGUGGGCCGGAGCCUGCCAAAACUAAAUUGGGAAUAGAGUGCUAUUUAGUACAGGCUACUUAAAGAAAUGUAUUUGUAACAGCGGUUUAAUUAAACUACAAAGGUUUUUUUUAAGUGAUGUUUUGUACAUUGAUAUUAUAUUCCAAUAGAGUCUUGUACAGAAGAAUUUAAGAGCUGAAGUUUUUUAUUUAUUAAUUUUGUCCUUUUUUUUUCUUGUUUGCUUUGACUGACUACAACGACUUCGUAUUAAAAUUGGACUCUGAUAUUGUUUUCCUGCUAAUGAGAAGCAUGCAUUGUAUUUAGGCAUGCCUGUUGAAUGCCUGCAUUUGUAAAGAAAGGUUGCCUCUUUUGAAAGGGACUUUUUCCCCUCUUCUUAGUAGUUAAAGAAAUGUAAUAGAAUAUUUAAAGAAAUGCUUUGUACAUUUUUCAGCAAACAAACACUGUACAAAACACAUUGUAUAUUAAAAUAUGUUUAUUUUAA